AUGUUUCCUCGAAUUUCCAGGAGAGCAUUCUCUACUACAUCAUUCAACUUAACCAAGUGUUUUUUUGAUGUCACUAUUGGUGGCCAAAAGCAGCCAAGAAUUGUGUUCAACCUAUUUGACAAAGAUCUCCCAAAAACUGUCGAAAACUUUAGGGCAUUAUGUACGGGGGAAAAAGGUUUUGGCUAUAAGGGCUCUAUUUUUCAUAGAGUUAUUCCAAACUUCAUGUGCCAAGGGGGUGAUAUAACCCAUUUCAAUGGUUAUGGAGGAAAGUCCAUUUAUGGCGACAAAUUCAAUGAUGAAGGUUUCAUGCAUCAUCACGCCAAGCCAGGUAUGCUUUCUAUGGCCAAUGCUGGUCCAAAUACCAAUGGUUCUCAGUUCUUUAUCACAACUGUGCCAUGCCCAUGGUUGGAUGGUCAUCACGUUGUAUUUGGUGAAGUUGUUGAGGGUUACGAUACCGUGAAGGCAAUGGAGGGUGUUGGUUCACCAUCUGGUAAGGUCAGUAAGGAAGUUAGAGUUGAAGAUUCCGGUGAAAUUAAAGAUGACAAGCAAUAA